UUUUACGCGAUACCCAAGUCAGUUUACAUCAACUUCGUCCGGUUCGAUUUCCACCACCUCAGAGUCGAAUAUUCAGAUCGAAAUAGUAGCAUAAUACACCUUAUAGCUAGCAUCAUACGACAACAUUGGUAUUGAAAUUUUAUAUCGACGAUUAAAAUCUAUUAAGCAUCCCCAAGGAUCAGGGUUUAUAUAGAGAGAAUCUCAAUAUGGCAAACGACUCGAUAGCAGCCUUACGUGGCGGGUGCCCCGCGCCUUUUUUCAAUGAGCUCAUGUUCCCUGCGGAUGGAGGACGUAAGUCUCGAAUCGAUCUCAUCACCGAGUGUGUGUCUAAUCGGUCUAUAGAUGUGGAUGGCCGCAUAUGCGCGCCCUUUGCGACCUUGAGUUGUUGUGUACCUUGCCCUAUGACAGACUGGGCUUACCCGGAUAAUUUCACGACGGCAACGACGGCAGCAAACUGGGUCAAUGUCGUUGGCAUGGUUUGCUGUGCUUUUCUCUUGAUUUCCUGGAUUGUGCUUCCCGUCGAUAAGACACAUCGCCACUACCUGAGUAUCAGUCUCGCCUGCGCCGUUGUUCUCAUGAAUGUGGGUUAGCUCUUGUUUAGGGGUAUGUAGCUCGAGUAUAGUUAGCUAAUCAUCUAUAGUUGGGCUUCAUUAUUCCUUUAGCGGCUAAGCCAGAGCAAUGUUUUAA